AUGGACUCAUCGGAUUUUCGAAUCCUUUUCGACAUCAAAUCUGCCCUAUCAUCUCGGACCUUUCGUGCGAUUCGAUCGGUUGAGAUCUCGUUCCUACAUGCAUGUCUUGAGCGCCGGAUUCAAAUACUCGACGAUGAGUGGUUCGAUCAAUGGACAGGCUUGUGGAACGUUAUUAAACGCGCCAAGGGGCUUUUGAAUAUUCAAGCCUGGGUCAAAAUGGACCAGGCAUCAGGGAAUGUGAUGACCGCAGAACAGGAGGCAAGGCUAUUUACGCCGCUCAUGGAACUUGAUCGGAUACGACAUUUCACAGUCGAGGUAACAUGGCCGGCGAAUGAAGCUUCUGAAGCCUUACUUCUUGACGCGCCAUUUUAUCUAAUUAGGGAUGACAAUCCCAUCGCUGACAAACCUGAGCUGGCAGUCGAGACUGUGGCAUGUUCUUUGGGAAGCUCAUAA